UUGGUGACUUCGUCGUCGUUUCUUGAAUUUUCGUCAGCCGACGUUGAGCCGCUGCGCCCUCGGCUUUCGGAAUUCGAUGAGCAGAUUCUGAUCACCGAUAUUUUGCUCCUUGUCUCCGUCCCCAAGCAGCUUCCGCUACCCUUGAUACCUCAGGCGACGAUCCAGCCGUCACCCGCGGCUCCAACAGCACCACCGCUUCAACCGAUGCCACCUGCACCUACUUUUUCCUCGUCGAUUCCAACGAUGCCAGAGUACAACAGAACACUUGCAUUUGAAAAUCAGCACAAGUAUCAGACCACGGAUGGUGCUUUCCCGCCCUAUGCAAAUAUGCCGUGUGUAUGUCUUGGUCAGGAAGUGACGGGUCACAACCUGCAGCGACGGUAUUGUUGGCACCGCCUCCGCAUAUUGGAGCUCCGCCAAUCGUGUCCAAUGCCGAUUCCUGACCACAGCCCCAUCCCUGGUCAUAAGACCCACAAAUCGAGCCUUCUGAAAGGCGUUGUAGCCGGGGCAGCUGCUGGAAUAGGCGCUUACGCUUUGAGCAAGUUGAUUUAUCCUUCGUAUGGAUUGGGCUUUGGGUCUGGACACGGUCUGAUGAAAAACCUGUAUGAACGUCGAUGGCACGAUCCAAGUGGCCAAGAAUGGUCACACAAAUGGCACAAGGGCUGGGACAACAAAGGCUGGGGUAGCAGUGAUUCCAGUUCCAGUGAAAGUGAAGACUGA